AUGAAGCGCCGCCAUCUCCCGCCGGUCCUCCUCCUCCUCCUCACGCUCUCACUCCUCUCCCUCUCCUUCCGCCGCCACAUGUUUCUCCCCCGAGGCCCAUCCCCGUACGCCGCCGCCGCGCUCCUCCGCUGGCUCGCCACCACCGACGUCGACGGGGACCAGGUUGUGGCCGAGGCGGCCGCGCUCUUCGCCAACGCCUCGGUAUCCUCUUUCCCCAGCCUCGGCAACCACCACCGCAUCCUCUACCUCCGCCUCCCUUACCACAGCAACACCACCUCCGCCCCGCGGCAGCGGGUCGUCUCCCGCCUCCGCGUCCCCUUCGACACGCUCCCCAGCGACGAGUCCCUCCUCGCCGCCUUCCGCGCCUCCCUCCUCGCGCACCGUCACCGUCGGGGCGGCGAUGUCGCCGGCAUCAUGGGCGAACUCACUGGCCAACUCGGCCGCCCAUGGCGCUUCCCCACCUGCGCCGUCGUAGGGAACAGCGGCAUCCUCCUCGGCUUCGGCCGGGGCACGUAG